UCUCUCUCUCCCUCUCUCUCUCUCCAUGAUCUCUCCAAAGAUGGUAGCAGCUCACACCUCUGCUCAUUCCUCAGCAUCUUCAGAAUGGGUAGCCUGUCUCGACAAGCGACCAGAGGAGCGUUCUGGGGAAGAUGUGGACAUUAUUAUGGCACGUCUGAAGCGCGUGAAAGCUUUUGAGAAGUUCCACCCAACCAUGUUACAGCAGAUCUGUCUAUGUGGCUACUAUGAGUGUUUGGAAAAAGGCAUCACAUUGUACCGACAGGGUGAUAUCGGCACUAGUUGGUACGCUGUCCUCUCCGGGUCGCUCGAUGUUAAAGUCUCCGAAACUGCCAACCAUCAGGAUGCAGUUACCAUUUGCACACUGGGCAUCGGCACAGCAUUCGGGGAGUCCGUUUUGGACAAUACACCGCGUCACGCCACGAUUGUAACUCGAGAGUUCAGUGAGCUGCUGCGCAUCGAGCAGAGGGAGUUCAGAAGCCUGUGGGAGAAGUAUCGUCAGUGCAUGGCUGGUCUCCUCGCCCCUCCCUACGGUGCUAUGGAGAGUGGGACCAGUGCUGACAGAAUGCCUGACAAAGAGAAUCUGGGUAACUCCCUAGGAUCAGUGUCCAGACACCUGAAUAAGGUUCCAUCUGAGAAGAUCCUGCGUGCGGGUAAAGUGCUGAGGAACGCCAUCCUCACCCAAGCACCUCACAUGAUCCGAGACAGGAAAUACCACCUUAAGACUUAUAAGCGGUGUUGCGUAGGCACAGAGCUGGUUGACUGGCAGAUGCAGCAGAGUUCCUGUGUGCACACGCGGGUUCAGGCUGUUGGGAUGUGGCAGGUGUUGCUGGAGGAGGGAGUACUCAACCAUGUUGAUCAGGAGCUGAAUUUCCAGGAUAAGUACCUUUUCUAUCGCUUCCUGGAUGAUGAGCAGGAUGAUGCGCCACUCCCAAGUGAAGAGGAAAAGAAAGAGAGUGAGGAGGAACUACAGGACACACUUCUUUUCCUGUCUCAGAUGGGCCCGGACGCCCACAUGCGCAUGAUCCUUCGAAAACAGCCUGGCCAGAGGACAGUAGAUGAUUUAGAGAUUAUUUAUGAGGAACUGCUACAUAUAAAAGCCUUAUCUCACCUUUCUACAACAGUUAAAAGGGAGUUAGCAGGCGUCCUCAUUUUUGAGUCCCAUGCGAAAGCAGGAACAGUGUUGUUUAAUCAGGGAGAGGAGGGAACCUCAUGGUACAUCAUCCUAAAGGGUUCAGUUAAUGUGGUCAUUUAUGGCAAGGGUGUGGUUUGCACACUGCAUGAGGGGGAUGAUUUUGGGAAGCUCGCUCUGGUAAAUGAUGCACCGCGUGCAGCCUCUAUUGUCCUGCGAGAGGACAACUGCCACUUCCUGAGGGUGGACAAAGAGGAUUUUAACAGGAUCCUCAGGGACGUAGAGGCAAAUACAGUGCGUUUGAAGGAGCAUGAAGCAGAUGUUUUAGUUCUGGAAAAGAGCAACAUCAGAAGCUCCAGCCAUGCAGGCUCCUCACCACUUAAAUACACUGUGAUGUCUGGAACUCCAGAGAAGAUUCUUGAACAUUUCCUAGAGACCAUGAAACUAGAUUCCAAGUUUUCAGAGUCAGGUACAUUCAUCACAAAUCCAGCGUUGGAUGACUUUGUGCUUAUGCACUGUGUAUUUAUUCCCAAUAAGCAACUCUGUCCACUCCUCAUGGCCCACUACCAGUCGCAGGCGUCUCAGGGCAGUGAUCAGGAGAGGCUCGACUACGCUCUGAAUAACAAGCGCAGAGUCAUUCGUCUGGUGCUGCAGUGGGCUGCCAUUAACACCCCCCACCUGCAGGAGGAGGAGAGCUCUCUGGCCUUCCUCCAGGAUUUUUACAUGGCAGUUUCUGAAGAUGCCAAACUUAUUCCUGCACUCAAAGAUCAGCUCCCAGAACUGGAAACUAUCCUCAAAAAGAAUUCAGAUGAUACGAAUCCCUCUCAGAAAAAGCACAAAGUGCUCCUUCGACAAUUUAGCAUGGGAGAUGAGAAACUGCAAAAAAGGCAGUCAAUCAAAAGCACAGACGAGAUUCUGUUUAAGGUGUACUGUAGUGACCACACUUACACCACCAUCCGAGUGCCAGUGUCUGCCUCUGUCAGAGAAGUUGUGUCCGCAGUAUCAGAUAAACUGGGCUCACAAGAUGAUCUUCUCCUGAUUCACCUUAGCUCAGCUGGUGAAAAAGUGGUUUUGAAGCCCAAUGAAGUGUCCAUCUUCUCCUCUCUCAGUGUAAAUGGUCGUUUGUUUGUCUGCUCCAGGGAACAGAUUAACUCUUUGACUCCACUACCAGAGCAAGAGGGACCAUCUGCUGGCUCCAUGACCACUCUUGAACUAAUGAGCUCCAAAGAGGUGGCCUACCAGAUGACCCUUUAUGAAUGGGAACUCUUCAACUGUGUGCAUGAGCACGAGUUGAUUUUCCAUACAUUUGGUCGGCAGCACUUUAAAAAGGCGACGGCAAAUCUAGAUCUCUUUCUACGCCGGUUCAAUGAGAUCCAGCUGUGGGUGGUGACGGAGGUGUGCCUCUGCUCCACCCUCAGUAAACGUGUCCAGCUGCUCAAGAAAUUCAUCAAGAUUGCUGCCCAUUGUAAAGAAUUUAAGAAUUUGAACUCGUUCUUUGCUAUUAUUAUGGGAUUAAGUAAUCCAGCAGUCAGCCGACUCAUUCAGACAUGGGAGAAACUUCCCAGCAAGUUCAAGAAGGUUUAUGCAGAGUAUGAAAACUUGAUGGACCCCUCUAGGAACCACAGAGCAUACCGGCUCACUGUGGCAAAACUGGACCCUCCCAUCAUCCCUUUCAUGCCUUUACUCAUCAAAGAUAUGAUUUUUACUCAUGAGGGCAACAAGACAAUUGUUGACAGUUUGGUGAACUUUGAGAAAAUGCGAAUGAUUGCCAACACAGUCCGGAUAAUAAGAUACUGCAGAAGUCAGCCCUUCAACUACGAAGCUCCUCAAGCUACCAAGAACCACCAGGACGUUCGGCUCUAUGUGCGACAAAUCAGUGUGAUUGACAACCAACGUACUCUGUCCCAACUUUCUCACAAGCUGGAGCCCCGGCGCCCCUGAGCGCUGCUCGUCAAGAAACAACCCAUGCUGCUUCACUUCUUCCAGUGAAUAAUCUAGCUGUAUACAGUCACUGGCCACUUUAAUAGGAACAGUUGUACAUCUGCUCAUUCUCAAUUAUUCAAUCAGCUUGUGAGCUGGCAGAAGUGCAGUGCAUAACAUUAGCAUUGCACUGCUGCCACCUGACUGAUUGAUUAGAGUUUAUGACUGAACAGGUGUACAGCUAUUUCUAUCAAAGUUGUCAGUGAGUGUAUAUAUGACAAGCCUACAGAGCUCUUCCUCUCAUGAUCAGCAGAAACCGCAAGCAUACCCACAGCGAAAAUAUAUGUGCCAUUUGUAGGAUGCUGUUUUCAUUUUCAUGCAUAAGGAAUUAUCCAAGACAAUCUUUUGCAGUUUUUUGUACCUUUAUGUACAUAGUAUAUUUUUCUGACAUGCUGAGGUGUUGUCCUAUAGUUGUUUUCAGAUCCAUCGAAAUGUUAGAAGACUGGACUUUCUGCUGAAGUCUGAAUGGUUUAAGGAGGAAUCUGAAGGAUCUAUCUGUUUAUUACUUGUACUGUUUUGUUUGGUGGAGUGUCAGUGAGCUUGCUGAAUUACAGAUGAUCUCGUGAAGAACGUUGCACAUGGUGUGUUCUAUUAUUUUUGCACACAAGUUAAUUUGAAUGAAUGGGGUUUGUUGAUGUUGUGCAUCUGAUGUAAUAUUAAGUGUUACUUCAUUUGCACCUCAGCAUGAAAUUAGUUCAGCAUUAAAUUAAGGGACCCCAAGCACAAGUCUGUGGGUAAGCUUUGUUCAGACUUUUAACUGUUAUAUGUGGACUGCACUGUGUAAAUAAUCAGAGUGUUUACCGAGGGAUGUAUGCAUUUUGUAAAUAUUUGAAGUCUAUUAAAGAAGGCCUGUUUGCCAAUCUGAA